UGGAAGUAGUUCCGUUAGACCGGAAGUUCAGUAGCUUGCGGCCAUCUUCUAGAAACUGACAACAAAUCCAGUAUCGACUGACGGACCGACUUGCUCGCCGAAAUUAUUUAAUUAAUUAAUCCAGAAGCAAAGAUGUCCGCCGCCAAGCCCGUACUCCGUGGAUUGCUCCACAAGCAGAUUACAAAGAAUCUCAGCAUUGCCAUUGGUCUCUGCAUUGCUGCUGGUAUUGCCCAGAAGAUGCUUUUGAAUGAACCUCGAAAAGCCACCUAUGCAAACUUCUACAAAACCUACAAUAUUGAUAAAGAAUUUGAGGAAAUGAGGGCAAAGGGUUUGUUUGAUUCUUGUAAGUGAAAAGUCACCAAAAUGUGUUAACAAGAUUAAAUGUAUAGGUAAUUGAAGUUAGAUGUAAUAAAAAGUUCAAAAAGUCAA